CAUAUACACAGGAAACACAAGUACUGUGAGCCUUUUCCAAUUUUCAAAUUUAAUCAUCGUUCGAUCUCUCCGCCAAUCUUCCCCUUCAAACUGUUCUCUCCCUCUUCUUUAAAAUCCAAAUUUCAUAAUCUGUACCCUUUAUUAUCAUUAAUUCACAAAAUAAAAUCAUAUUUCAUCAAAUUCACACUUAUUUCCACUUUAAUGACCCAUUCUAUAAAAUCAACCCCUCACUUUUGCUUCAUUUUACAUUAGCUUCUUGUUCUUCUUCAGUAACCAGCUAAAUGGCCACGUCGGCCUUCAAGUCCACCACUAAGAGACCGUCAAUCGGAAAGUCCACUAUCGCCGAGGACUCUUCCUCCUCGUCCUAUUCUUCAUCUAACCGGAGUAAUAACACUUCCGCUCACCGCCGCUCUCGCAGUCUCAGCCGUUUCUCCCGUCCUAUAUUAACUGACGAUUUCUCCGAUGAACCGCCGGCUCCUAGAGGGAGAUUCGUUAACACUAAGAGAGGAUCGGCGUUUCCUGCUGAUGUAACAUUGGAUGAUCUUGCUGUUAAGUUCUUCAACUCCGGUGACCGUGGUCGGUCUGUUACAAAGAAUUAUGAUGACGACGGAAGAGUUGGAGAUAGCAAUAAUAAAGGUAAUGCGUCUCAGAGAAGAGGUCGGUCUGUGUCUAGGAGAGUAGGCGGUGAAGGUGCGGGAAAUAGCUAUGGAGGUGGAGGAAGAAGGCUGAGCUCGGAUAAUAGUUCGAGACGACAGCGUUCUGUUUCUGUUGUCAGAUACCAAAUUAGUGACUCUGAGAGUGAUUUAGACCAUCAUCGGAAUUCAAGCAGCUGUGUUACUUCAAGGAACUUCGGUGGUGGAGUAAUGCAGGUCCCAUUAUCAAGUAAAACGGCUGCUUCAAAUCAUCCGAAAGGACUUAGAAGGUCCCUUAGCCAAAAAGACUUGAAAUAUCAUGAUGGCUAUUCUAGCCAUUCAUCAGUCCUAACUGAUGAUGAGGGGAGGGAUGCUCAUUCUAAUGUAAAUGGGAUUGAAAGAACAAUUCGAGCAGUUUAUUCUCAGAAAAAGGGUGAGCAUCCCUCUUCUGAAAAUAUAAACAGUGGGAUGUACGAAGCAAUGAGAAAAGAACUUAGGAAUGCUGUAGAAGAGAUCAAAAUGGAACUUGAACAAGCUUCAAGGAAAUCAACCGGUGAUGACUGUUUUCAGGAAAAAAGUACUGACGCUCUUCAGACAGUUUCUACCAUCAGAAGAAAUUAUGCAAAUAAGUUGGAAGUGUCUGAGAAGCGUAAACAAGAUCUAUUAGCAGAAAUAUUGCUGGAAGAGCAGCGUGGAAGAGAGCUCUCUAAGAUGGUGAAGGAAUUGCUUCCUGAGCCAAAAAACAAUAUUGUGGAAAAACCAUUCAGAACUAGAAAGAAGAGCAAUGACAGAAACAGGAUGUCUAAGCGAUUGACUGAGGAGGCAGAAAAAUAUUUCGAGGAUUUCAUUUCAAAUGUGGAAGAUACAGAUAUCUCGUCUUUGGACGGGGAAAUGACAGACACAAGUUCAAGUUUAGGAGGAAUAACAAAGACGCAAAUUUUCCGAAGUCCUGCAAUGUCAAAACCUGCUACUGUUGAAAUGGAUGGAGUAGUACUCCCCUGGUUACAAUGGGAAACUUCCAAUGAUACUCCAUUUGUAAGUAAGAAGACAGAGUUGAUGGGAACUCCGAAAAUUCAUUUGCGGGAAUCAACUCAGGAAGCAUCGCCUGUGCGAGAUUUAAGUAACCAUUCCGUCAGUAGCCAUGGGAGUUGGAGUCCAGGACUUUCCGAUGGUCAUUCUGCAACUGUCAAUGGAAAUAGAUUUGUUGGGGAAUAUGGAAAUUCCGGCAGCCAAACUUCAUCAGGCGGAACAAAGUUUGAUAUUGACGACUAUCUUGAGCGCCAAAGCGAGGAAGAUUUCAUAUUUGAAAGAUGGAACCAACAGCAGAGAAUUCAUUCAGGCAGCAUUGUGAUUUGUAGCCAAAUGUUUUUUUAGUUAAAACCCGGUUUCCGAACAUUAAUUUCUUAUCCAGUCUUAAGCUUACGUUAAUUUUUGUGUAUAGAUGCUAGUAACAAAAUCUUGUCGAGGUAGCCGUUGGCAUUAAUCCUGAAGGCUGAAGCUAGGUUGAGAUAUUUUUCGCUCACUCUUAUGAGUUGUGAAUACUUUUUUACAUUAUGUUAAAGAUAUCAACUCUUAUGAAA